ACCUCGACAUUCUACCCUCCAAUCCGCAUAAAGAAUUCGGACGAUGCAUCGUUGCAACCUUUAUGCAUCGGUAUAUGCUUUUCAGGUGCCCUUCCGAGGCACCUUGUUCACGGUGUUGUUCCAAUACAAAUAUCUGUUUCCAUUGCAGAGGAGUACAGACCGUUCACGACACCGGUUGUCGAAGCUCUUACUUUGGACGGAUAUCCCCAUUCUGAGUGUUCCCUAACUUUGGAUGAUGUUCUUGAUAUGGGUGAAAGGGGACACGAGCUAUCUUAUGACAGCGUCGAUGUACCCAUCCCCUUCCUUCCGUUGCCAUCAAAAUUCAAUCCUGCGGACUCCUAUCAUUGGUCGCAGUUGUCAGACCAGAUUCAGCGCUGGCUAGUCACCAUACCGGCAGAAUCACAACAUUGGACAUGGGGCCGUGACGCAUUCUGGCUGGCAUUUGUCGGUGCUUGCCCAGAUUUUCCUAGCGGCCGGUGGCCAAGGUGGGACGCAAGGAUCCCCCUUGAGGGGCAGUUCAUUGAACACUGGCUCGAC